AACUCUUAACAAAACAACACGGGACAGCACACUCUCUUUCAAAUCUUUCACUCCCCCCACAAAACAAACACACAUUAAAAAUGGCCACUUCCGGUGUGGUUCUGCUCGCCAUUCUCUGCCUGACUUCCGGCGCCCUCACUUCCGCCCAGCAGAUCCGGGAAAAGGAGCAAGAGCCGGCGCCUAAGAGCGUCCGAUUAUUAGAUCGUUUCGAUAACCGAUAUCCGGACGGGAGCUACGAGUAUCGAUUCGAGCUGGACGAUGGGACGUCGCGGUACGAAAGGGGAUACUUUGUAAAGGUCGAUGAUGUGAAGACCCUGAUGGUGGUCGGAUACUACUCCUACCGGAUGACGGACGGCAGAUUCAUAACGGUGUUCUAUAAUGCCGAUCAGUUUGGUUAUCGGCAGAAUCAAUCGAUCACACCCCAGGUGUACCCCAACCUGCCCCGCUCCAUUGAAGUGCCCAUGGCCACCGAGGCGUCCAGCUCCCAGACCUCCUCCUCCUCCUCCUUCCCAUCCCGGUCGGAGGCACCCCUGGAAGCCACCCCGCCGCCCCGGGGGCCACCGACAAGGGGCAAGGGCAUGGGCCGCUACUGAAGCUGAAAACUGAAGCCGAAUAAUUGCCCACCAUCCUCAUUAUUAUUAUUAUGGCUCCUUCUGCCUCAUCUGCCUCAUGAUUUUUUUUUUAUUUUUUACUCAUUUUAGUCUGAACUACUCAUAUUAUUACGAUUUUUAUUUUUUAUCGAUUUUAUUUUGAUUUUUUUUUGUUCAAUGAAAUGGAAUUAAAAAAUAAUAAAAAUUUAUUAAAGCAAAGCAGCGAAAAUUAUGAAUUUAUUAUUUAAGAUGUUUCCUCCAGUUAUUACUUAUAAGGCAGGCAGGCUGGGGACCCCUGCCACGCCUCCCCACGCCUUUACGCCUUCAAGCCCUGCCCACAGACCUCUUGGGGUUCAGGGGCUGAGAAGAUUUCGCGAAUUUUCGAAAGUCGCCGACAAUUUGGCAAUAAAUUUACCGCAAAGCGAUUCGGGCAAUAAAACAUACAAGUGCAGGGCAACCCCCUCGCCAGACUCGAGUUGCAUUUUUCUGUUUUUUAUAUACGAGUAUGAAUAAAAAAAAAAAACAAAAAAAAUAUAUAUAAACGUACAUCGAAUAUCUGGCCAUAUUUUUGCAUUUUUUAACACAUUUUUGGCGAGGUUCUCUGGCCAGAGGCAAUUAAGAAACGAAAACGAAACCAAACGGACUACAGCGAGAGGGUCGAGAGACACAAAGGAUUUCAAUUUUAAAUGAUUUGUAAUUUAAAAUUAAGAAUUAUUAUUAAUAGAAACUAUAGCUAAGAACUUUUAAUAAUAAUUUUAAAGAAUAAAA